AUGCACUCCCGUCAUGCUGAGGGUGCGACUCGCGACGUUGUCCUUGUUCCAGCACCUUCAGAUGAUCCAGACGAUCCAUUGAACUGGAGCCACCGAAGGAAGACCCUCCUUCUAAGCUGUAUCUGCGUGUACUGUCUUGCGGUUGGUAUCGCGUCAGCUGCCAUCUACUCGGUCCUUGUUCCCAUCUCCGCUGCUACCAACCUCACUGUCGGCGACUUGAAUACCGGAACUGGCUACAUGUUCUUGGCACUCGGCUGGGGAUGUCUGAUCUGGCAGCCGCUGGCUCAGAAGAUUGGCAAGCGGCCAGUAUAUCUUUUGUCACUGCUGGGCACUCUGGGAAUGAUGCUAUGGGCCCCUCAUGCCAAAACUAAUGGCCAAUGGAUCGCCAACAAGGUCAUCCAAGGGAUGUUUGGCGCGCCCAUUGAGUCUCUGUGCGAAAUCUCUGUUGCCGACGUCUACUUUACUCACGAGCGUGGAACCUACAUGGGACUCUAUGCUCUGUUCCUUGUCGGGUCUAAUUUCUUAGCACCUCUCAUGUCGGGAUUCAUCAAUGACGGACAAGGCUGGCAAUGGGUUUUGCACUGGUGUUCCAUCUUCAACGGCAUCGCAUUCGUCAUCAUCUUUUUCUGCAUGGAAGAAACCAACUACCAUCGUUCUGCUACUACGCCGAUGGCCGACUCAGACCAGGACCGCCCUCAGAAGAACAAUUUGACCGACAACUGCUCCGAUGAAGAGAAGGCCACCAGAGUACAGAGUACUGCCAACACUGACGUUGAUCAUGGUACCGUUAUAUCUUCUACCAAGAAGACAUACCUUGAGAAACUCAAGAUCAUCCGUCGAGAAGACCUUCGGAGUAAGGUUCCAUUGACUAACAUGGUCAUGCGAACAUUUGUGUACUUCUCAUUCCCUGUUGUUGUGUUCUCUGGAUUUAUGUAUGGAGCAGUCGUGUGCUACUUCAAUGUGCUGAAUGCCACAGCGUCGCUCAUCCUUUCCGGAGAUCCUUACAACUUCUCUUCGAGCAUUGUCGGGCUUUCAUAUGUGUCAACCCUCAUUGGAGUGUGCUUGGGGACAUAUUACUGUGGACCAUUGGGCGACAAGUUUGUCCUUUGGAAGGCCCGCCGAAACAAUGGCAUUAUGGAACCUGAGCACCGUCUCUGGCUAUAUACUGCCCUGGUAGUCAUGGUACCCGGCGGUAUGAUUCUCUGGGGCGUUGGUGCCGCCCAUCAGAUUCACUGGGUUGGGAUGAUGUUUGCCAUGGGUGCGCUCGGAGCAGCUAUUACAAUUGGCUGUCAACUGCCCAUCAGCUACUGUAUUGAUUGCUACAGAGAUCUUGGAUCCGAUGCCAUUGUCACUGUGAUUCUGAUCAGAAACACUAUGAGCUUUGCCAUCGGUUACGGAGUCACGCCUUGGGUUACGAACAUGGGCUAUCAGAAUGCUUUCCUUGUUGCAGCCUUCACUGCUUUAGCUCAGCUGUCUUUGUUUCUCGUAUUCAUCAAAUGGGGCCGCCAUUUUCGCAGGGCCGGUGUCGCUCGUUAUUGGAAGUAUGUCCAGCAGGUCAAAGACGAUGGCUUGCUGCAUUAG